GUGGAUGAGUGGGGGAGACGCCAAAGUCAUCAAUUAACCCUCUUUGAAAUUAUUUGUAAAGCAAAAUAAAAAGGGAAGAACCAGUUACUCCCCCCGUCUUUUUUCCUCACUCUUUUUCUUUUUUAUUUAUUAUUAUUAUUAUUUCACUUCUUACAUUUUGCUUCGUACAGUAAUGCAUUUUGUUGUCUUUGGGCGACAGAAAGGAAAACCCCAAAAGCUUAAGCUUACCCUUAAGUUUCUACACAGCCUUACCUUUGUUUCCCUUUGAAGAACCAAAGAAUCAUUGAAGAUGCCCAGACCAGGUCCAAGGCCUUAUGUCUUUGAGAAAAAAUCUUGGCACAGUGACAGACACCAACCCAUCAGAGGUUCUCUUGUUCAAGAAAUUUUCAGGUUUUCUAUUUCUACUCUGUUUUUUUGUUUGUCAGUCCUUUUUUUCCCCUCUCUCUUUUUAUGUGUUUGAUUUUGUUUUUAGAGUUGUAAAUGAGAUUCAUAGCUCAGCAACUAAGAAGAACAAGGAAUGGCAAGAGAAGCUCCCUGUUGUUGUCUUGAAAGCUGAAGAAAUUAUGUAUUCCAAAGCAAAUUCUGAGGCUGAGUACAUGGACCUUAAAACCCUCUGGGAUCGAACAAAUGAUGCUAUUAACACAAUCAUUAGACGAAAUGAGAGUACUGAAACGGGAAAGGUUCUUCAACCUUGUAUUGAAGCUGCUCUCAAUUUGGGUUGCACAGCGAGGAGAACCUCGAGGAACCAACGAAAUUGUAGCCCAAGGUGUUACCUUAACCCAGGUACUCAAGAAACAGAGAAUACCACUCAAGGAAAUCCCAUGACCAACCCACAUUGCUUGGGUAGCUAUUCUGGCUUUGAAUCUGAGAAACACACUGGCUGGAACGGUUAUUUCGCUGCUAACAAGUUUCAUAUUGCGUCUGAGAAUGGUUCUCUUCCUAUUAAUAAAAAAUGCUUAUCCUUACAAAAGUAUUCAGUUUAUCCUCUUUACUAUGGUAACGAUCUUAAAACCGAAGAACUGCAGCAUGGUUUUGGGAUCAUCCAUAAGAUGAUUUCUGAUACAGUAGAGCCUGCUAAGAUGGUUGCCAUUCAUAAGCUCCUUUCUUUGGAUGUGGAGUCUUCAAAUGGGAUGAACCAAAUAGAUGCUAGAAAUACUUGUAAUAACCCACACCACAAGAGUGCCUGUGAUCUAUCGUUGCGGUUGGGCCCUCUUUCAACACCUUGCCUGAGUGUUGGAAACGAUCGGCCAGCAAUUGAUAAAAGUUUGCCUUCCUUUCAUAGGAGGAACAGAAAUGACCCCUUGAACUCAUCUUCAAAGUCAAACAACCAGAGCGUUGAAGGGGAACAUAUACAUGUGGAUGCAUCAAUGAGAAAGAGAAAGACAGUUAAUGAUCCUACAAUGGAUCGACGACAUUGUUUGUCCUCCGAAGCUUCCUUACAGCCAUUCAACUGGAAGCCUGAAAAGUGCAGGAUCCUAGACUCAGCCCCUUUAGACCAUUGACAUGAACUUGGUGAGUUUGUGCGGCUGUUUUGUUUGUCUUUUGUAGUGUUUUCGUAGUAAUUAAAAUGUUGCAAGAAUGUGAGUAAAUAAUUGAGUAGGUUUCAGUUUAAAUGUGGCAAUCAACAACGAACUAAGGGGACAGACCCUUGAUCCGCAAUGUAUAAAGAAUGUUGUCCUUUACAUGUUGCUGCUUGUACAACUUAUAACUUAGGGUCGAAAAUGGAUGAUAAAAUUUGGACCGGAGAUUUCCUAUAUGCUGUAAA